AUGGCCCUGCUGCACCCCGCCCCGGCUACUUCCCUCCCCACCUGCCAUCACCGCCAGAACGCCGGCGUGCUCAUCCAGCAGCCAUCCCGCCGCCGUUUCCGGCUGAACGCGCAGAGAAAGCCCGGGUCCACGUCCACGAGCCCGCGCACCGGCACGCCCUCCGGCUCGGAGUCGGACAACGUGGUCCUGAAGGCCGCCUGGUACGGCUCCGAGGCCCUCGGCAUCGCCGCGUCUUUCUUCCGGCCGCCGUCUCCGGAGGCGGACGCCGGUGCUGCAGACGACGGCACGUCGGAGUCCCAGCCCGUUGGCCGCGCGCAGGUCGCCGAGGCCAUCAAGGAUGACUUCGCGCGGUCAUACUUCGUCACAGGGAACCUCACGCUCGGGGCGUACGAAGACGACUGCGAGUUCGCCGACCCGGCGGGUUCAUUCAGAGGCCUGCAACGCUUCAAGAGGAACUGCACCAACUUCGGGUCCCUGCUGGAGAAGUCCAACAUGAAGCUGACCAAAUGGGAGGAUGUCGAGGACAAAUCGAUCGGGCACUGGCGUUUCAGCUGCGUCAUGUCGUUCCCGUGGAGGCCCAUUCUCUCCGCAACCGGGUACACGGAGUACUACUUCGAUGCCGAGUCGGGGAAGGUGUGCAGGCAUGUCGAAAACUGGAAUGUCCCCAAGAUGGCGCUCCUGCGGCAGAUAUUCAGGCCGAGCAGAUGGGUAUGGGAGAAAGAGAAACGCUAG